CCUCGACCAACGUACUUAAACGGGUAUCUAGUAUCAAAAGUGUUGCUAAAACCGUACAUGUGGCUUGGACAUCCUAUCAUCCCGAACUUCUAUGGAGGCGAUAGCGGCGAAGUAGUGCUGUUUGAUUAUUAUGACAAUCCCGACUGCUACUAUUUUUCAACCGAUGAAGACCGUUGCUUCGAGCGUCCGUUUGAAGUGUGGUCUGGUGAACUUGUCCAGAAUCGUGAAGCCAUAGGAGGUUCUAGCAUUGAACUGGGACAGCAGCUGGUGGUAAAACUAGGAGUCAAACCAGAAAAAACAGCUAGUCCAAAAAAAGUAGCAGUAAAGUCGCCACAUCAGAAGAAAGCAAAAGCUAGGAUGAAGUCGAAGAGGACGUCGGAUGAUGGAGCUGCCAGAAACAUGCUACCUCAGUUGCUAGAUUUUGCUACUACUACUAGCGGCGUCGAGGUUGCUCAGCCAAAAGCCGUUGCUCAGUGGAGUCCACGGAAAACCACAACUGAUGCGAAUCCUAAGCAGAAAGCGGG